AACGGCAGUAACUAAUCCUGUCAAAAUGUUAUGAUCUGAUAAAUACGUUUUAAAAACCAAUAUGUUAGUGUACAAAACAAGAACAAAAAUAAAUAAAUUAGUGCUGUGAUAAAAGACAAAGUAUAUAAAUCGAAGAGUAAUAUCUAAAAAAGUAAAGAUACGAAAAUGUCGGCACCUCAACAUCACUUUUUACCAGGUUUAAAUCCUCAGCAAGGCGCAAUGCGAUCUCAAUUUGGUACCGGCCCGAUGCAAGCGCAAAUGGGGGCGCCAAUGCAAACUCAAAUGGGUGCUCAACUUGGGAAUCAAAUGCCUGUACCAAUGCCAAAUCAAAUGCCACCUCAAAUGAAUAAUCCCAUGAUGACUCCGAUGGGAAAUCCAUUAAACAGCCAAAUGAUGGCGCAAAUGAAUCAACAAUAUACAAUGAAUGGACCUAGUCAAAUGCCACAACAUCAAGGACCUAAUCCAAUGCAAAUCCCUCCAAAUUCAAUGACGGGGAUGGCUCAUCAUCCAAUGCAACAAGCACAGCCUCCUGUGAUGCAACAAACUAACGCUGUUCCUCCAACCCCCGCACAACCUCAACAACAACCAAAUAAAGAGUUUAACACAGCUUCAAUAUGUAGAUUUGGACAAGAAACAGUCCAAGAUAUUUAUAGUAGAACCCAAGAAGUAUUUCAAACCUUAAAAACAAUUCAACCUCCAAAUGGCACACCACAAGGUACAAAUAUAAGCAACGAUAAAAAAGCGAAGAUACAAGAACAAUUGAGGACCAUAAGGGUACUAUUUAAAAGAUUAAGAUUGAUCUAUGAAAAGUGUAAUGAUAAUUGCCAAUUGCAAGGGAUGGAAUAUACGCAUAUUGAGAGUUUAAUACCGUUUAAAGAUGAAAUUGAUCCUAAGUAUGAUGAAAAGAAAAAUUCGGAAGCUUAUAGAUUAAUUUGUGAAGAAAGUAAGGAAGUUAUGGAACAGGUUGUGCAGAAAAAUAAACAAAUGAAAGAAGUUAUCGAUCAUUUGAGAAGAAUUAUAUAUGAAAUAAAUACAAUGUUAAACAUGAGACGUUCUUAAAUAAUCCUCGUUUUUCACUUUAGAUUAAAAGCUUGUUAAUAUUGUUUAUUUUGCAUGUAUGUAGGUAAUUAAUCUUUAUAAAGUGUGUCUACAAAUUGUCCUGGAAACGAAUUUGUUUCACCAAAUCUGCUUUACUCUAACUACAUUAAUACCAAGGCUGUGUAAAUAGUUAUCUGUAUAACAAGGCUAAUUAAUAGAAGUAUAUUUUUAACAUUUAAGGUAAAUUGUUGGAGAUAAUUCGCGGCUGAGGUAUAAAUUUUUUUAGAACCGCAUAAAUAUGUUGUAUGAUGAGAUAAUUUAUACACACACUAUAUUAGAAUUAAAUUUAGAAUAUAUUUAUUUGACGUUUAACAACUUUCAGUUUUGCUAAUACAUUUCAUCAAGUACCUGUCUUAUGUUAAUUAAUUAACAUAUAAUAAAGCUUGUAUAUUACGGGAUGUAAAUUUUUGUUUAAUUAAAAUAUUUUAUAAUCUAAAACGUCAAAUAAAUUAUUACAAAACGACUUGAUAUAUAAAUAUUUAGUAACAUUAAUCCAUCAAUUCUAAUGUUCUAACUACUGUAUAUAAAGUAUAAGUAGGGGAUAUAUAUUUGUAUAGAGUUAUUUGUGAACUUUGUCUCUAACAAGUUGUUGUUAAAUA